AUGAAUCGGAACUGCAAUCGACGUGAUGUUGAAUCGCAAGCAGGUGGAGCUGCACCACCACCCGGACCAUAUCAAGGGCACCCUGGCUGGGGCCCUCAGGGUCCAGGAGCCUCGGGGGCACUAGGACAACAGCAGCCAGGUUACGUGUAUAAAUAG